AUGAAGAAAUUAUUCCACUUUAAACAUUAUUCAAAAACUUCUUCAAGUAUUAUCAAUAAUGAAUUAGUUAGAACUAGAUUUGCUCCAUCUCCUACUGGGUUUUUACAUCUUGGUUCUUUAAGAACUGCUUUAUAUAAUUAUUUAUUAGCAAAAUCAUCUUCAAAUGGUAGAUUUAUAUUACGUAUAGAAGAUACUGAUCAAAAAAGAUUAGUUAAAGGAGCUGAACAGAAUAUAAUUGAUUGUUUAAAAUGGUGUAAUUUUAAUAUUGAUGAAGGUCCUUAUGGAAUUGGUGGUAAAUUUGGUCCUUAUAAACAAAGUGAACGAAAAGAUAUUUAUAUAAAAUAUGCGAAUCAAUUAUUAAAUUUGGGUUUAGCUUAUAAAUGUUUUUGUUCAAAAGAAAGAUUACAAGAUUUAAAAUCUUCUGCUAAAUUAUUAAAACCACCUACAAAUGUAACUUAUGAUCGAAAAUGUUAUAAUUUGAAAAAUAUUAAUCAUGAUUCAAAUAAUUUUGUUAUUCGUUUUAAAUCACCAGAUUCUUAUCCCUCAUUUUAUGAUGAAUUACAUGGAAAUUUAAAUUUACAACCCCAAUAUAAUUAUAAAGAUAGAAGAUUUGAUGAUUUUAUAAUUAUUAAAAAUGAUGGUAUGCCAACAUAUCAUUUUGCAAAUAUUAUUGAUGAUCAUUUAAUGAAAAUUACUCAUGUUAUAAGAGGUGAAGAAUGGUUACCAUCAACAUCAAAACAUUUGGCAUUAUAUAAGGCUUUUAACUGGCAACCACCUAAAUUCAUUCAUAUUCCACUUUUAACUUCAUUAAAUGAUAAAAAAUUAUCUAAAAGAAGUGGUGAUUUAAAUUUAAAUAUAUUAAAUUUAAAAAAUCAAGGUAUAUUACCUGAAGCUUUAAUUAAUUUUGUAUCAUUAUUUGGAUGGAGUCCUCUGAGAAAAUUGGGUGAAAAAUUUAAUGAAAUGAUGAAUAUGAAUCAAUUAAUUGAAUUUUUUGAUUUAAAAAAUCUAACUAAAGGUAAUGCAAAAGUUAAUAAUUUAAAAUUAUUCUAUUUUAAUAAGUUACAUUUACAAAAAAAAUUUAAAGAUGAUUUUAAUCAAGUAGUAGAUGAAUGUUAUCCAAUUUUUAAAGAGAUUGUAGGCUCAAAAAAGGAUAAAGAGUAUCUUAUUAAGUUAUUAAUAUACUUGGACGGUAAUUUAAAUAAUUUGAAUGAAGUUUACCAUCACUUAAACUAUUUAAUUAAUGAUAUUAAUUACUCAAGUUUAAAGAUACCAAACAAAGAUGUAAAAGAAAUUAUUAAAUAUACUCUUGAUAAUGGAAUUGAAAAAUCAUUAAUUAACUCAAAUUUUAAAAAGAAAGAUAUAUUUAUGAGUUUAAGAUUUGCUUUGAGCGGAAAUCAACCUGGUUUAACAAUUCCACAAUUAUUAGAUUUACUAGAUAAAAAAGAAAUUGACAACAGAUUACAAUCUACAUUUUCUUAUUUAAAUAGCUGUACAUAG